AUGACCUCAUUGCUGACAAAAAUAAAUGACCUCAUUCAUGAUCUCAUUGCUGACCUCAUUGCUGACCUCAUUCAUGACCUCAUUGCUGACCUCAUUCAUGAUCUCAUUGCUGACCUCAUUCAUGACCUCAUUGCUGACCUCAUUCAUGAUCUCAUUGCUGACCUCAUUGCUGACAAAAAUAAAUGA